AUGUCACCAGCUUGGCAACACGGAAAAACUGUAGAUUAUGGGAUGAAGCUCUCAUCGCUGAUGUCGGCGCCCAUGAUGAAUGAUGUGCCUACACUGGACAAACUCACCGCUCUUGAACUCAAUCGCUUAAUCUUGCAUGAACUGUCACCAAAAGAUGAUGCAGAAAUUAGUUAUGUGUUGUCGCAGAUUUUUAGUUCAGUUACCUUCCAACUCCCAGAUGUCACAGAGCUACAGGUCCCAUUACAUAAAUUUCACUAUCGGGACGACAGACUUCACAGAAAGUUUGCCACCACACGCGAAAAUGACCUGGCUCAUCUGUAUGACAAAGAUGAAUGCCGGUGGAACUGGCCGCUUCCGAAAUCGCACCACAAUAAUGUCGAGCAGUGGCUGCUCCCUAGUGAUGGGAGUCUUGGAGAUUGGCAGGAGGAGAGCGCCAUGGCAGAUGUGGAGUCUGGAAGCAGAGGUGAUGGCGGUUCAUCUUUGGAGGAAGUACCCCCCUCUGGGUCACAGCCAGAAGAUGGCGACUCGGACUCGGAUACACCCUCACCACCGUUUGAGGGAGUUUUUGCGAUGUUCUUCAAUGUUUUACGUUUUGCGCUCACCCAGAAGGUGCCAAGGAUUGUACAGGAGACCAACCCAGUCCCACGCCUGUGGAGUGCAGGAAACUCUACACGCCCUGUGAAAGAUGAAGAAGUUUCACGAAAGCCUGACCUUGCAUUAUUGGAUGAUGUUAAAGCUCGAUGGGACACAAUCAAGGCGGUUUGCGAGCUGACAUCAUGA